AUGGCCUUCAGCUUCGGAUUCUCAGGAGAUGACAUCGAUAUGGAUGACUCAGAAAUCAACAAUGAUAUCUGCCCUGUCACUUCUCAACAGAAUGUCGGCAACUCUCUUCCCGAGCUAGUGAAAGCUAGUAAACAUGAUAUGAACGAAUGGCUUUCAAUUCUCCCAUCUCAAAUAUUCUACAACAAACUCAAAAUCGGCGAUGCACCUGUGGUCAUCGCCCGCCGAGAGAUCUUCGACAUCCGCACCCAGCUCAUGGCCGAAGAUAGUGCCGGGCAUGACAACGAAGAGCUAAUUGCUGGCAUAGAAAAAGGCGAUAUCAAGCCAAAUUUCUACGAAGGCGGAUUCAAGACGUGGGAAUGCGCGUUGGAUUUGGCUAAGCUUUCGCUCGAUGAGGAUAUUCUGAAUGGUUCCUCUGAUGGCUUGCAAGAUACUCAUAUCAUUGAGUUGGGCGCAGGCACAGCAGUCCCAUCAUUGACACUAUUCGCCCGCGCCCUCGGUGCAGAAUACACAUGCAAGAAGCACUUCACUUUUGCAGAUUACAACUCCGACGUUCUGCGCCUCGUCACAUUGCCUAACCUUCUCCUGACAUGGCAAGAAAGCCGUUCUCAAACGGCCGUUUCGAGUGCUUCUACGUCUACUGCCCAAGACCAAGAAGAAGAACUAGAUAUUACGCCGGAAUUGAUCGAAGAAUUCAAAAUUGAUCUUGCGAACCGUGGCAUCUCCGUUGAUUUCGUUUCUGGAGCUUGGUCUGCUGAGUUUGUUGACUUGGUCUUUGGGUCUGGUGAUGGCCCUUGCAGGACGUUGGUUCUUGCUAGUGAGACUAUCUACUCUCCUUCUUCUCUGAUGGCGUUCUCUGAGACGCUUUUGGCUUUGCUACGUCGGUCGAAUACUGCUUCGACGAAGAGUCGGGCUCUUGUUGCGGCGAAGAAGGUUUAUUUCGGUGUUGGUGGUGGUGUCGAUGAGUUCCUUGCUGUUUUGGGUAAUGUUUGUGGAAGUGAAUUAGAUGUUCAGCAGAAGUUGGAUGUUCAUUCUGAGGGGGUUGGAAGGGUUGUUCUUGAGGUUGUGCCGUCUACUACGGCAUGA